ACCAUGGCAACUGCACCAUACAACUACUCUUACAUCUUUAAAUAUAUUAUUAUUGGGGACAUGGGAGUAGGAAAAUCUUGCUUGCUUCAUCAAUUUACAGAAAAAAAAUUUAUGGCUGAUUGUCCUCAUACAAUUGGUGUUGAAUUUGGAACAAGAAUAAUCGAAGUUAGUGGUCAGAAAAUCAAACUUCAGAUUUGGGAUACAGCAGGCCAGGAGAGGUUCCGGGCUGUCACACGAAGCUACUACAGAGGAGCUGCCGGAGCACUUAUGGUGUAUGAUAUCACUAGAAGAAGUACUUACAACCACUUAAGCAGCUGGUUGACAGAUGCCAGGAAUCUCACCAACCCAAAUACUGUAAUAAUUCUCAUAGGAAAUAAAGCCGAUUUGGAGGCACAGAGAGAUGUUACAUAUGAAGAAGCCAAACAGUUUGCUGAAGAAAACGGCUUAUUGUUCCUUGAAGCAAGUGCAAAAACGGGAGAGAAUGUGGAAGACGCUUUCCUGGAGGCUGCCAAGAAAAUCUACCAGAACAUUCAGGACGGGAGUCUGGACCUGAAUGCUGCCGAGUCUGGCGUACAACAUAAACCUUCAGCUCCGCAGGGAGGCCGGCUAACCAGCGAACCCCAACCCCAGAGAGAAGGCUGCGGCUGCUAGUGACGUCACCUCUCUGCCGUGGGCCUCAUUUUACCUUUCACCUCUGUCAGUUGGAAGCAGUACUUUUUACUGCCUCAUUGUCUUCUGUACAUCUACUGGGUUUAAUUAAAAAAAAAAGCCAACGAAAAAGAGAAACAGCUCUGUUGUCAAAAAAACAGUUUAACACAAUACUAAACCGCUAAACGACUAGAUGUAAUCAGGUUAUCAAAGGCAAGUAGAGUAAUAAAUCUCUCCUGCAUGGUAAAUCUAGACAUUUCCCCCCUCUUGAUUGUUCUUGUGAUAGGUACACCAUCAACACAUGAUUUAAAAACAGAGCAUUGGAGCUGAUCUUCCAUGAUUUUAUCUCCCUUUGGGCAGUGCUUUGUCUUGCUGUACGGUUUAAUUUGAUGGUAUCUUCACUUUUCUCCAUCUUUUAUUGUUCACAUACGUCUGUUGUACCGUUUUAUUCCCCAGUGACCUGACUGCUGAUCUCAACUAUCUUCUGUUUUGCAUUUGUCAGGUAAAGUUCCCUACUGUGUGGGUGGCCUUGUACUCGAAGAGCUUCGCUUCUCGGCCUCGCACAGAGAAAACACCCAUUUAUUGUCCUCUUGUGCUUAAUAGAAGCUUUCUUCUUCCUUUUUUUUUUUUAAUACCAUUUAAUCCUUUUCUUUUUAGCAAAAAGUAAAUAUGUAUAAAUUUUGAAGGAACUGAAUAACAAUACAUUCUGUGUAUAUUAUUUUAAUGAAGAAAAUAAAUUGAUUACUGGCCUUGGAACAGUAUAAAAUACCAGUCUGUACAGUAUGAUCUGUGACCCUGCUGCUCCCGCCCGUUUCACACAAGGAAGUAGAACACACCUGCAGUUGACAAGCACCAGUGACGCUGUCUCCACCUUUGGUGCCGACGGUGUUGGGGACACGAUGCUCAAACCGACGCCUGGCGUGAGGAUUAACACUAGCAGCUCCUGUUCCACCUUUGCACUGUGGCUUACCUGCUGAUUUUCUUAACCGUUCUCAUGCAAUCGACAAUGUGCUACCCCGCUUUUCUCUUUCUGUAAACACUUUGCAUUACAGGCUGCAUUUCUUGCCUUACUGUAUAGAAAAAGAAAAAAAGGCUGGGUUGAUUGUUGCACAUUUUAAGCUUUUAUACCUUUAUCUUGGAGUGGUCAGAUUAGGAAACAGCGAGCCAGACCCACAGGCCUGCUGUCGAGGGAUUUGAAAAUGUGCAUUUUUUAACACUACAGUAAAAUGAUUUCGGAGAUCACUUGUGUUGUUAUGUUACUGUGAGGAGUUAUUCUAGGACCUGUUGGCAUAAGUUGUUCUGUAAAAGGGGAUGUUUUUAAUUGCGUUUUAACGUUAGUGUCACCACUUAUUUGCACAAGGUGGCCUGACCUUGGAAAGGAAUACUGUAUUGUAACGAAACAAUUCUACUUGUUUAGACUUAGUAAGUGGCUGAUUUACUAAGUUCUGUUGAUUGUUAACCAAGUUUGUAGUUGGGACUGCAAUUGAGAAGUCAGUCGAGGUAAGGUUAACUUCGGCAUAUUUACAGAAAUGCACUCGGCUGUUGUGUUUAAAGUGCAUGUUUUAAAUCCCUCUUUCCAGAUAAGGAAAAAAUAAAACAUCUUUCUGGGUUGUAAACAAGUGGUAGUAUCAGAGUAUGUAUAGUCAUUGUUAAAUAAAUAAAAACCCAAACUGGAAUGUGCAGAAGAUAGGAUUUGGUCAAUUUGUGGACCAGUUUUUCUUUUUGUCAUUCACCUUGAAAAGUAAGCUUCCUGGAGCAAGUUGGUCUGUUCUGUUCGAGACUUGGCGAUGAUCCGUUUUGCUUCCACUUGCCGCAUCGAAGGGACUCGCCCAGGGACCAUGACCCUAGUGUGUACAUACUUGCAAAAUAAAGAUCCGGCCCACGGGGACACGUUCACAGCGCACAGGCUCCUUUAGUGCAAUGAAAGCCCCGACUCCCCGCGUUAGUUACAGUUGGUCUUCUUGUUUUUGUGACAAUUGAUUGAGGCUGCUGUACUCAUUGAUGUAACAAGAUGCUAUUAAUCCUGAUAUUUGUAAAUAAAGUACCUGUAUCUAGAUUAA